UCCGCCUGCUGAAGUUGGGGCCGCAUGUGUGGCUGUGGCCAGCAAUGCUGGAGCUGGGGACACAGCCCUAUGUUCCUCUUGAGUCUGCUUCUGUCUACAGCCCCGUUUGCUCUGCGGGGGGAGGACACCCGCCAGGUGUCUCUACAGGUCAUCCCUAGCUGGCCAGAUGCCCCCCAGAACCUGCUUCAUGUCCGGGCAGUGGGCACCAACUCCACACUGCACUAUGUGUGGGGCACCUUAGGGCCCCCGGCUGUGGUGCUGGUGGCCACCAACACCCCCCACAGCACCCUGAGCGUCAACUGGAGCCACCUGCUAUCCCCUGAGCCUGAAGGGGGCCUGAUGGUGCUCCCCAAGGACAGCAUCCAGUUUUCUUCUGCCCUUGUCUUUACCAGGCUACUUGAGUUUGACAGCACCAAUGUGUCCGACACGGCAGCAAAGGCCCCAGGAAAGCCAUAUUCUCCCUACUCCUUGGCCAAGUUUUCUUGGAACAACAUCACUGACUCAUUGGAUCCUACCACCCUGACUGCCACAUUUCAAGGCCACCCGAUGAAUGAUGCCACCGGGGCUUUUGUUAAUGGCAGCCUGUCCUUCAGGGUCCAGGCCUUUUCCAGAUCCGGCCGACCAGCCCAAUCCCCUCGCCUUCUGCACACGGCAGAUACUUGCCAGCUAGAGGUGACCCUGGUUGGGGCAUCUCCCCGGGGAAACCGCUCCUUGUUUGGGCUGGAAGUAGCCACCUUGGGUGGGGGCCCUGACUGCCCCUUGGUGCAGGAGCAGCAUUCUAUCGAUGAUGAAUACGCACCUGCUGUCUUCCAGCUGGACCAGCUGCUCUGGGGCUCCCUCCCAACAGGCUUCGUGCAGUGGCGGCCAGUGGCGUACUCCCAGCAGCUGGGGGGCCGAGAGUCAGCUCUUCCCUGCCAUGCUUCCCCUCUCCACCCCACCUUGGCAUAUUCUCUCCCCCAGUCACCCAUUGUCCGAGCCUUCUUUGGGCCCCAGAACAACUUCUGUGCCUUCAAUAUGACGUUUGGAACUUCAACAGGCCCUGGCUACUGGGACCAACGCUACCUCAGCUGGUCAAUGCUUGUUGGGGUGGGCUCCCCUCCAGCGGAUGCCUUGUCUCCAUUAGUCCUAGGCAUCAUGGCAGUGGCACUGGGUGCCCCAGGGCUCAUACUGCUGGGGGGAGGCCUGGUUCUGCUACUGCGCCACAAGCGGUCCUCGGAGUACGAGUCCAUCAACUAAGGCCACUCUGUGGACGGAAGGACAUCACUGGACCUGCCAGAUCUCUGAAGGUGGGAAGGACAGUGGUCAGCCUGCCCUUCCUGUCUCCCACAUUGCUUUUCUGUGGAGCCUCGGAGACUGGCCACUUCCUGGGGACCUCCAGAUGGGGCUUCCC